AGAACACACACAUCAACAUCAUCUUAUAGAGGGUAAACCCAAAAUCUGAAUUUUAAUUAAUAUCAUUUUCAUCAGAAGAGAAUGAGAGGCAUGGUGAAGAAGCUACUAUGUGGCGGAUCCAAGAACUUUGCGUCUUCAAGAACAUCGGCAUUACCAGAAGAAGGAAAAGUUCGGGUUUAUGUAGGUAAGGAUAAAGAGAGUCAGUGCAAGCUAGAGGUUGAGGCUAACUUGUUAAACCAUCCAAUGUUUGAGGAUCUACUGAGAUUGUCAGAAGAGGAAUACGGACACUCAUACGAAGGGGCUUUGAGGAUUGCUUGUGACAUUGAUGUCUUCAUCAAUUUGAUCAAUCUACUAAAAACCACGCAUCAUCAUAAUCCAUCCCUUUGAAGUUUAAAAGUAACAAUAAUUCUACAAAAUUAACUUAGCUUUUAUACCAUUUUUCAUCAUUCUUUACUUCGACAAAACAUGGACGAAGUUCAGUUCAUUUUUCUUUUUGUUCUUGAAUAUUUAUUUAUGAUUGGAGUCGGAAGCCAAUCGACAUUUUUGUUAGUGGCUUCCUCUUAUUAUUCUUUUUACAAUUCAAGUCAAUUCUUUUGGUGACUCUGGACUUUUACUUUUCCUUGCGCUGAAGAGAUAUACGAAUCGACUUAUCCAUUGGUUUAAGUAAAACGAAAUUUCGCACUAUCAACUUCUUGUGGAAGCAAAGAUCUCAUACUUAAUAUGCAUGGAACAAAAGAAUUAGACUGUAGCUUAUCAAUGCAAUCAAAAUGGAUGUAUCAAUGUCCUUAAUAAUCAUGUCCGAUUGUCUUCCCCGUUUACAAGGGGAGGCGUAGGUCCAACGACCCUGUCGAAUCUGAAUCUGACAUGUUCGAGAUGAAAGCAUAAAUUUGAUGGUUAUUUAUUUGAAAGGCGUCUAUUGGAAGAUCAAUGAUCGAUAACAAGAAAAGAUAAAAAAUAGCUUAAAUUCAAUUAAACAACAACAAAGUAAAUCUUUACAGACCCUAGUUCUUGUGUCAAUCUUGGUGCGUUUGUGAAUGUUUCUUCUCUUUGUGAGUUCUUCUUUAUUUAUAAUCAAAUUCGUCAAGUUUUUCUUCUAUUUUUUUUUCCUAAACUGAUUUUAGCUAUCUUUAACCGUCUCUUUCCUUAUGUGGGCCGAGUUCAUUUACAUGUUGGGGCUUAUCGAGAGACACAAUCCAUCUCCAACAAUAAGUACUCUUUGUUCAUUGUAACAAAUAAAGUCAAUCUCGAAGAAUUACAAAAAAAAAACGGAUCUGUAGAGUAAAUGAUCUCGGCCCGACAAAUCCUCCAAAAUUUGUUGGGUCAUCAUCACAUCAUUCCCAGGAUCAGUCUCGAUUUACCGAGAAAUUAGUUUAGCACCGAACCAUUUUUCUGUUCACCAUUAAAUGGCUCUUUAGUUUUCUGGGCAGUGGAAUUGUUUCCUCUUUGGAAUGCGGAACGUUGUAAUUGUUACUACUAUGGCCGCUCCGCACCAUAGUUAACAGUAA